GAUGAUGUCAAGACAUUACCAGCUCUUUUGCCGCGUUCAACACGUCGACACUGCCACACAAGCACCACCACACAGACAGCCCACAUACAGACAGACACUCUCCAAAACGAUAACUCAAAAUAAAUAUAUAAAAUAUAUAUUACCACCGGCUUUUUCAACCCACAAAAUCCUCCCCACCUUCUCUCUCCCCCCCCCUCUCUUUCCCAUCCCAUUUCUCUCGGAUCUCAUCCUCCAUUUCCUUCUGCUCCUCUACUUCGAUCCUUCCUCCUCGGUUAGGCGUCGAGAGCGAGCGCUUCAUGAUCGCUCUCGAUCCCUUGAGUUACCAAAUUCUAAACAACAUUCUUACGUAGCAAGCAAGCAACCGGGAACCAUCCAAUUAGCUACCAAGAAAAUAAAUAUGGAAGGACUUGCAAACCAGCUAAAGCGAGGAAUCUCACGUCAGUUCUCGACAGGAUCGUUGAGGAGGUCAUUUAGCAGGCAAUUCUCAAGACAAUCCUCGCUCGAUCCGAGGAGGAAUAACUUGAGGUUUAGCUUCGGAAGACAGUCUUCUUUGGAUCCAAUUCGGAGGAGUCCGCUUCAUGGUCAUGAUGAGUUGAGUGUACCGGAGAAUCUGGACGCGACGAUGCAUUUGUUGUUCUUGGCAUGUAGAGGAGAUGUUAAAGGAGUUGAGGAUUUGUUGAAUGAAGGUAUUGAUGUUAAUAGUAUUGAUUUGGAUGGAAGAACUGCUUUGCAUAUUGCUGCCUGUGAAGGUCAUGUUGAGGUCGUCAAGCUCCUUCUGAGUCGUAGGGCUAACAUUGAUGCCCGUGAUCGCUGGGGCAGCACGGCAUGUGCGGAUGCUAAGUAUUAUGGGAAUGUUGAAGUUUAUAACAUUUUGAAGGCAAGAGGAGCUAAGGCCCCGAAAACCACCAGGAAGACACCAAUGACUGUUGCAAAUCCUCGGGAGAUUCCAGAGUAUGAGCUCAAUCCAUUGGAACUUCAAGUUCGAAAGUCGGACGGCAUUACAAAGGGAAUGUUUCAAGUUGCUAAAUGGAAUGGUACCAAGGUUGCCGUGAAGAUACUCGAAAAGGACCGUUCUGCAGACCCUGAAAGCAUAAAUGCUUUCAAACAUGAGCUAACCUUGUUAGAAAAAGUUCGACAUCCUAAUGUGAUUCAGUUUGUUGGUGCUGUCACCCAAAAUCUGCCCAUGAUGAUUGUUGCAGAAUAUCAUUCUAAAGGUGACUUAGCAAGUUAUCUUUUGAAAAAGGGGCGGUUGUCCCCAUCAAAAGUUUUGAGAUUUGGUCUUGAUAUUGCCAGAUGCAUGGAUCGAUCUUUUGUUAUCAGGGGCAUAAACUACCUUCAUGAAUGCAAACCAGAUCCGAUCAUCCAUUGCGAUUUAAAGCCAAAAAAUAUUUUGCUGGAUAAUGGUGGUCUAUUGAAGGUAGCUGGAUUUGGUUUGAUAAGGUUGUCAAACAUUUCACCUGACAAAGCUAAAUUAGCACCAGGGACUCUUAUUGACCAUUCUAAUGUAUACAUGGCACCUGAGAUUUAUAACGAUGAAAUAUUCGAUCGAAGCGUUGAUGCAUACUCUUUUGGAGUGAUUUUGUACGAGAUGCUUGAGGGAGUGCAGCCUUUCCAUCCUAAAACUCCUGAAGAGGCCGUGAAGUUGAUGUGCUUAGAGAAAAAGAGACCGCCAUUCAAGAUCAAAGUAAGAAGUUACCCUCAAGAUUUAAAAGAGUUGAUUGAUGAAUGUUGGCAUUCAGAACCUGUUGUCAGACCAACCUUUUCUGAGAUCAUCACAAGACUGGAUAAAGUUUGUUGCAACUGUUCAAAACAAGGGUGGUGGAAAGACACUUUUAAGCUUCCAUGGAAGUAACAGGGGAGGCAUUCAGUGACAUUUUCAAGAAGAGGAAAUUUGGAACAAGACCGAGGAUUUUCGUCGAUGAAAUUAACAGUUUUGGAGCUUCAUGUUACACAUUGAUAAUUAAGGGGAAAAAUAAUUAGGGAUCAAGAUCAAAAUGAGUUGCUAUGUCCUUGUUCUCUUGUUCCUUUUUAUGUAUAAUAUGUGCACUUGGGAUCCUUGUAUGAAUUGAAAUAGUAAUUUUACUUUAUAUUUCUGUACACAA